CAAGCUAAUCUUAGUACAGGAAACGACUUUACUACGGCGUUGGCGAUGGGUGUGUAUCCGGAGUAGAUGACGUUGACGGUCAAAAUCGAAAGACUGAUGUCGAGCUAGCAAGCAUGCUUAUUUGCUAACGUUAGCUUGCUUGCUAACUGGCUGCACAGCAGGAGUAUGGCGCUGCGGCCGUUGGUCAUGUGCUUUGCGCUGUGCGUGGUGUAUGCCUCCAGUAAACCCACCAUCGAGAAGAAGGACCGUGUCAUUCAUGACGACCUGCUUAGCAACCGCAACCAUGACGACGCAGAUAACUUUGAUUAUGACCAUGAAGCGUUUCUUGGACAGGAUGAGGCCAAGACCUUCGAUCAGCUCACACCUGAAGAGAGCAAGGAGAGAUUGGGUAUGUUGGUAGAGCGUAUAGAUGAGGACAGGAAUGGUUAUGUGUCAGUAGAGGAGAUGAAGAAGUGGAUCAAACACAGUCAGAAGAGGUGGAUCUAUGAUGAUGUGGACCGCCAGUGGAAAGGUCAUGACCUUAACGGAGAUGGACUGGUGUCCUGGGAGGAGUACACGAAUGCUACAUACGGAUACAUACUGGAUGAUCCAGACCCAGAAGAUGGCUUCAGCUACAGACAGAUGAUGUCACGUGAUGAGAGGAGGUUCAAAAUGGCUGACCUGGACGCUGACCUGAAUGCCAAUAAAGAGGAGUUUACAGCCUUCCUCCAUCCUGAGGAGUAUGACCAUAUGAAGGAUAUAGUUGUACUGGAGACCAUGGAGGACAUUGAUAAAAACGGAGACGGCUUCAUAGAUCUGGAGGAGUACAUAGGUGACAUGUAUAACCAGGAGGGUGAUCCUUCAGAGCCAGAGUGGGUGAAGACAGAACGAGAACAGUUUACUGAGUUCAGAGAUAAAAACAAAGAUGGCCGCAUGGACAAGGAGGAGACCAGAGACUGGAUCCUCCCUUCAGACUACGACCAUGCAGAGGCAGAAGCCAAACACCUGGUCUACGAGUCAGAUAACGACAAGGACGGCCGUCUGACCAAGGCAGAGAUCGUAGAGAAGUAUGACCUCUUCGUUGGCAGCCAGGCUACUGACUUUGGAGAAGCCUUGGCAAGACAUGAUGAAUUCUAACCCUCCACUUCCCACACAGGGUUGGGCUCAAUUCAGUCAUGGAGUUGAAAUCCCAAUUAAAAAGAAGUGCACUAUAUGGAGAAUAGGGUGACGUUUGAGACGGAGCGUUUCACUCCAAUGCCUAGGAUAAUAAUUGGAUUUCCUGGCCUAUUAUAGUGAAUACAUCACUUUGUACUAAGUAGUGUACGAGUUUGGACAUCAAGACACACCUCCUGGUUUGUCUCCACCUCCACCAUCCUCUCGUCCAAUCCGGACAAUGGAAAGGAUAUACAGUAUUUCCUUUGUCUUCGUUUGCAGAUCAACUUUGUUUUUGUAAAAAGUGACAGAAUACAGAUGGUUAGUGUUUGUUUUGGUAGCCUUGUUUGAACAAUGUGUCAGGUGUGCAAUGAAGGGCAGAACUGUGCAUCUUGUGGUCAUUUCAGUUUUCAAUUCAGGAAGUGAGUAAAAAUUCAAUAGAAAACAAACUGAAUUGAUCCCAACCCUGGUGUGUGUUCUGCUAUGCACUAUGAUGGGGAGAUGUACAGUGCCCUCCACUAAUAUUGGCACCCUUGGUGAAUAUGAGCAAACGGGCUGUGAAAAAAAAAAAAUGUAUUUGUUUA